CACAAGGAAUGUGUAAACGAGAUUUCAGCUUCCUCCAUCAGGCAAAGCUGUAGAAACUACCUUCCAUAUCGAAUGUUCUGAUUGGUCGGCUGUCGAUGACACGGACCAAUCGCUGCACUACUCGUACUUUGCCAUGAUAAAAAAUGAGGAUUAUUACAGCGCAGAGGCCUUGCUACUUCAUGGUAUCGACCUCACUAGAUUAGAGAUGACACUUCCUGCGGGCCAAGCGGGCAAUGACUACCUACUCGACAUUGUGGUGUACAUUUUCGAUGUUGCUCUGGGAUAUACCACUGUUCAUCUUCAAGUUCAGACGACACUACCUGAUAUAGGAAGCUUGCUCGGGACAAACCCAAGUCUGCUAUUGGAUAAUAUCCUGUCAGGUGACCCUGAUUCUCCAACUGUCAUGCGCAAACUCAUCACGCUGUCAUCAGUACUCAAUGAAGCAAACAGAUUGGAAAAGAUUGCGUCUGAAAAUCCUGACAACAGCACUCGCACAAAUAACACUCAAGCUUCUUCUCUGCUUGCUCAUCGGACACAGAUGCGCACCCUCAUGGUAAGCACAUUGGCUGAAGUAACUCGCCGCCUUUAUGACUCUUGGGCGGAUUUGGCCAAUGAGACUGAAGACACAGAGACCUGGGUGCAAGCUGCUAGCACGGUCGGUCUUCUUGCCGAUACACCGGACGAACUCUCUCCCGGGACACAGUCACUGCUCGUAGACAUUCUGGAAAAUGUGACUGCCAACCUGAUUCGAGUGUCGCUAUUCAUGCCAAGGCAGCAAUACACUCUAGUUUGCAACGAUAUUUUACACGCUAUAGAUGGCUUGCAACAGGCAGCGGUAUAUGACAAAACGGAAGCUGACACGGUAUCUCCUGAAGAAUGGGCUAUGACAAGAGAUGUAGUUACUCGCUGUGACCGAGUGGAAGACGAUAUGUCAUCCAGCCUGCUUCAUCGGCUGUAUCCCGGAGAUCCCUUACUCCGGCUUCGUAGCAGCAAGCUCCAGCUAGGAUUGUGGAAGGACCCGUUGUUUAACGGUCAGGGACGGGCUAAAGUGCUACCUCUUACCCGCCUACUUGUUGACGGCUUCUCUCUGCCUUCAACGUUGCUCAACUCACUAGAUAGCGCAGUUAGAAACGAAAUUCAGGUCGAAUCAUUGAAGACUAGAGAGCUUAGCUUCAAUCCCUACAUCUGGGGAGACAACCUUGGCCUCAGUAUAACAUCACUCGUAAAGAGCAUGGAAUUCAUAGACAAUGAAAACCGAAAGAUCAACGUACAAGAUGCCAAGGCACCGAUCGAUGUAAUGUUCUACCGGAGAAAAGAAUCCUUGGGCCCAGUACCACCAGACGUGGGCGAUGAUUCUUUAGGGGAGGGAGAGCUAUACGACCCUUCACCUGACACCUACCAAUACGCCGUGUCUGUGCAGUUCUCGUCAGGGGACACGAAGUUCUGCUACACGCUGUACAUCCCCGACGAGGAGUUCACUCAUGAGAUGCAGGGUAACGUGACCGAGGGCCUCUUCCGUGUGUUUUCAGCAGCCACUCGAUCCCAACACGGCAUCCAAGACGUGGAUGACAGAGAUCCUUGUGUUCCCGUGACCGAACUAGCUGUUGAUGAAGACAGCGUAGUCAACAGUUUCCAGGAUUUUGAGGAUGAUCUGAAUGCCACGUUCGGGAUCCAAAUCGCAGAGACUCAGUGCAUAUUCAGGAAAAAAUGGGACUUGUCGUCUUCUGUUCUCCUUAACACCGAACAGGGAAUCAAUCUAACGUUUGAAUUCCACCUGCAUAGCUGCAUGUACUGGAACGAGAAGAGUGAGACAUGGAGACAAGAUGGAUGCAGGGUCAGCUCACUAUCCACCAAUAAUGUGACGGUCUGUCAAUGCAACCACCUGACCAACUUUGCAUCCAAUUUUGUUCCUGUCAACACCAUCGACUUCAUUUACGUGUUCACUGAGAGCAAUUUGGGAGAUAACGCGGCCGUUUUAGUAGUUGCCAUCGGGAUCCUGUGCCUCGCUAUAUUACUAGCCCCUCUUCUACGGUGGAAGGACAAACAAGACUUACUCAGGUGGGCUGCCCGUCCUCUUAUCGAUAACACGUGUGAAGACACGUACGUGUAUACAGUGUCUGUAUAUACGGGUCAUGCCAAGCACAGUGGUACACGGUCAAUAGUUUACUUUGACUUGAUCGGUGAUGCAGGGGAGACGAGGGAUCGAAGACUCCAGGAUAUGGAAGGCUGUAAUAUUCCGGAUACUGGUACGCUGAACCACUACCUGAUGGGCGUGCCUCGCAGCCUUGGACCGCUGUCAUGCAUGAGGAUCAGACAUGAUAAUUCCGGCGAAGGACACUCUGCAUCCUGGUUCGUGUACUGGUUCGAGGUGUAUGACCUACAGACUGGGAGGAGGUAUUGUUUUGUACUGAAUGACUGGCUGACUGCGGAUUCCAACAAGCACGAGGUCCCUAGCCGUUCACUCUCCCUGGCCGGUCACGAGGAAACCUUAGCCAUUCAAUCAGACUUCUACCGCAUCGUCUGCGAAACCUUUGCUGACCACCAUCUGUGGAACUCACUCGUCAAUCGUCCACUGCCGAGUCGUUUUAGUCGGGUUCAGCGCCUUGGCGUCUGCUUAUCUCUUCUCUAUCUCUUCAUGAUCACCAAUGCCAUGUUUUACUCAGUCGACUCACUGGAAGGCAAGCCCGUCUGUCCAUCCUUUCGUCUGGCACUCGGUCCAUACACACUGACCUCCCAGCAACUCUACGUGGGAGCCGUCUCUUCCCUGAUUGUGUUUCCGAUCAAUGUUGUCAUUAUCCAGAUCUUCCGGCGCGCCCGUCGGUCGUCCGAGGCACCGACGCUCAACGGGAAACUCGUGGAGUUCGCGUCCCAGUACGGGCAAACUGUGGGCCGGUUCCAGCAACAGGGAUCCCUUCCGCACUGUUCAGUCUACCUGGGUUGGUUUCUGAUCUUCUUGUCUGUGCUGGUCGGAGGCUUGUUCGUGGUGCUGUACAGUCUUCAAUGGGGCAAGAAGCGAUCGGAAGCUUGGCUGAUAUCAAUGUUUACGUCGCUUUUUGAAUCUGUGCUGUUGGUUGAACCUGCCAAGACCGUGCUGGUGGCUGUGCUUAUCAGCUGCUGCUGCGGAAGGAUUCUUCGAAAAGCAAACUUCAAACAUCCCGAUAAAUUUAUCAAUGUGGACAAGACGUCAAAUGGAAGUCAGAGUGAACAUCCCAAUGUCACAUCAACUACCACAGGCGCCAGCAACCCGACGUGGUGGCAGAAAAAGAUCAACACCCAGGAUAUCGUGGAACAGAUAGGGCGCCACCUAUUGUUCAUGGUCCUGAUCCUAGCAAUCACUUUGAUGUACAGACAAAAUGAUGCUUUCUACAUGACUAAGGCCGUAAAAGACGCCUUCCUCGGUCCAAAGCCGUACUUUAUGAAGAUAAGAACCUUUGAAAACUAUUGGGAUUGGACAAACAUGGUUCUUAUUCCAACGCUAUACAACAACGAGACUUACACAGGUAGACCUCUAGACGAGACAGAGAUGAAGUUUGUGGGAGAGACGAUCGGGUUCAGAGUUGGGUCUGUCCGCCUGCGCCAAUUACGCAUCCAUCCAAAUCUGUGUGUAGUAUCCAACAUGAUGAUUGACCACGGGUUGCAAGACGAGUGCAAUGUAGAAUACACCCCGUCCAGCGAGGAUACAUCAAACCACGGAGAAAGCUGGCAGAACAGGUCUUUACCCUGGUGGGUCUGUCCCAAUACAAUCCCAACAUGUCCAUGGAGGUUUACAUGGCCUCCCAGUCCAUCAACCAGUAAAUAUGUAGGCGUACAUGGUACUGUAUUUGGUGGCGGUGGAUUUAUAGCCGACCUUGGCACCACGCCCGGGCAGGCCUACCGAACACUCCGCUACCUUCAACAUGCCAACUGGAUCGACGUCCACACCCGCGCGAUCUUCAUCGAAUUCACACUGUAUAGCCCAGAUGCAAACUAUUUCUGCCUGGUCACUUAUGUGGUGGAGUUUCCCUCGACAAACGCUGGCAUCCCCUUCCCAAACGUUUAUACUUUCCGCUUGUAUGACUUUGCCGACACAACGCAAGUCUACUCCCUCGUAGUGACACUUCUACAUCUUAUCUUUCUCCUAUGGCUGUUACACCUCGCCUUCAUCGAGUUAGAGCACAUCAAGAAGGCUAAAGCUAAAUACUUCUUGUCUUUUAACAACUGCCUGGAGGCCAUGGCCAUUGUACUGAGUGUCUCGGCAGUCGUCAUCUAUGCAAUUAGGCAGUACGCUAUAGACGCAUUUGGCGCUGAGAUUGUCGCAAAGAAAGACCUUCAUUACACCUGCCGGACUUUGGUCUUUGUGGAUGAGCUCUACGCUCUUGCUUUGGGUAUGAUCGGCUUCUUCGUUACCGUCAAGCUGCAGUCACUGCUAUGUCUUGACAGGCGGUUUACUGUCAUGACACGCACCCUCUCGGACGCAAAGUUCAAGCUUCUUGGCUUUGCUAUCAUCUUCUUCAUCGUAUUCUACGGGUUUGUUUGGAUAAACUACCUGAUGAUCGGAUCUGAGCAGGAAGAUUACAGCACAAUAGUAUCUACGUCUGAAACCCUGCUGAUCACCCUCCUUGGCAAAUUUCGCUUCAGCCAAUUCGACACCAACGCGUCCACAAAGACAAUGGUCAUCGUCAUUUUCGUCUUGUUCUGCAUUUUGCAGGGUUUUAUUCUUUUAAACAUGUUCAUGUCAAUCAUCAUCGAUUCUUUCGCAAUGGUACGGAAAGAUGACGAAACAUAUGAGAAUGCGGUCUAUCUUGAAGACGUCAUGUUCUUCGAGCUCUGCCGACACGUCAGAAAGAUAAUUCCUCAAUCAGGUAAAGUGUCUCAUAAGGAAGUUGGCGAUAAUAUACUUGCAUAUAGGAGCAUAGGAGAAGCGGUAGUUCUCACUCGUACCCAGCGGCGGCUGUUCACUCGUACCCAGCGGCGAAUGGCGCCCUGGACUGCUAUUCCCUUUCACAAAAUUGUAUGAAGGACACGUAAUUGACGUAAACAUCGUGGGGCAUUGUGGGUAUAGCUCACCGCCGUUAUGUACGAAAUUACAAGUGUCAUGCGACAUGCGCAUGUUGAUAUUGUUAGGUCAACCAAAUCGUCCAAUGAGCACUCAAAGAAAUAAAGGUCACCGGUGCCCUUUGAAUUAUAGGGCGGCUAGUACUAAAAACGAAACAUUUUCACAUUAGGCUACACACAAAUCUGACUAUAGUCAAAAUCUAAAACCAGUACGCUGUCGUCAAACGUCAGAUCAGAAUAAAUAUAGGUUUUCCCGGCUAUUUUUAUGGAUUUUUUAUUCAAAUUCACCAACUCUAUAUACGUGAUGAAAUCGAGCAAGUGAAAUUCGAAAUUCGAUACAGUAAACAGUCCAAAAACACUAAUUCUGGGAGUCAGGUUGGCAUAGCAGUACUUUGCUCGCCUUCCCACCGCUGUGACGCGGGUUUUAUUCCCGCCUGGGUCAAUAAGUUGACGUAGUUCUUAUUCCCUACUUGAUUCGGUGAGUUUUUCUCGGAAUAUUCUUUUGGGGUUUUCCUCCCGCUUCUAAAACUGUAAUUUCUUCACAUUCUCUUCUCUUUAUUGGGUCACAUGAGAGCAGUGGCGUACGCAGGAUUUUUUCAAGGGGGGUGUUUCAAAAUUGGAUGUCGUCAUUUAUGACGCUAGAAAUGAAGAUGGUAAAUUGUGUUGGCGCCAGAAAUAACAAAUAGUAUCAGUGGGCUAAACUUUACGCUUAAAUAAAAGUCAGGAGUUUGUGUUGGCGCCAGAAAUAAAAGAGGGUAUAUUUGGACGGGUUAAACUCGAAGGGCCGGGAACCCAC